AAGGGUGAGUCCCGACCCCUCCUUUAGCAGAACAGGAUCUUGUUUCCGAGCGCACACAAUCUCUGGGAAUUUGGUUAAAUUAGUGAAUAAAUAUAAAUUAUUUGCUUUUACGCGUCGAUCGGUUUAUUCAACGACUGUCGUUGUGUAUCACUUGAUUUUUUUUCUGCUAGUGUUCUGAAUCAAAUCCUGUCUGGUAAUUCAUUUUUACAUUUAUUCAUAUUUAACCUAAAUACACUCAAGGAUCAGUAGGUUUUGGUGAAGAAAUCGUCCGGACAUUUGCUGUUUCUUUUUUCAUUGAAAGGAUUUUACUGUCCUCCUGCUACAUCUUCGAAAGUAUGAAACAGCCCGCUGCAAAAACUGAGAUGGACCAUUUGAACAAAUAUCGUGAAGAAGACAACAGCAGUUCCAACAGCAAUGAGUGCACUUACCAGGACUGUUCAAAGAAAGUCCCACUGGGCGGCCAAUGCUCUGAUAUAGAUGCAGAGAGUCAAAAAUUCCUCCCUGAACACAGCGUGGGAAAGAAGAAGUAUGAGACUGAAUAUCACCAGGGCAAUGCUUCCUUUGGCAUGUCUGUCUUCAACCUGGGCAACGCCAUCAUGGGCAGUGGCAUCUUGGGUCUGUCCUACGCUAUGGCCAACACUGGCAUUGCCCUAUUUGUGAUUCUCCUUGUGGCGGUUGCCAUCUUCUCCUUAUAUUCUGUCCACUUGCUGCUGAAGACGGCCAAUGAAGGAGGUGCACUGGUUUAUGAGCAGCUGGGUUACAAAGCUUUCGGGUUGCCAGGGAAACUUGCUGCUUCCUUCUCCAUCACCAUGCAGAACAUCGGAGCUAUGUCAAGCUACCUAUAUAUCGUCAAGUACGAGCUGCCCAUCGUCAUUCAGACCUUUCUGGGCUCGAACAAUGGAGAAUGGUACACUAAUGGAGACUACCUGGUGCUGCUAGUGACGCUUGUCAUUAUCCUGCCCCUCUCACUGCUUAGGAACUUGGGUUACCUUGGUUACACCAGUGGUUUGUCCCUGCUCUGCAUGGUGUUUUUUCUGAUUGUGGUGAUCAUCAAGAAAUUCCAGAUCUCGUGCCCUCUGCCUGAGGAUGUGAACGCUCUGAAUGAAACCAUGAGCAAAGUGCUGAACACCACCUUGUCCCAUCUGAACACCACCGCUGUAGACUACAGUGAGGACGCUUGCACGCCAAAAUACUUUGUCUUCAACUCACAGACUGUCUAUGCUGUUCCCAUCCUGACCUUCGCCUUUGUAUGCCACCCGGCCAUCCUGCCAAUGUACGAGGAGCUUAAAGACCGUUCCCGUGGAAAGAUGCAGGGCGUUGCCAACGUGUCCUUCCUGGCCAUGUUCAUCAUGUACCUGCUGGCUGCCCUCUUCGGAUAUCUGACAUUCAACGUGCAUGUGGAGCCCGAGCUGCUGCACACCUACUCCAAAUUCUACAAGUUUGAUGUGAUCCUGCUGAUCGUCCGCCUGGCUGUGCUGACUGCCGUCACCCUCACUGUUCCUGUGGUGCUCUUCCCGAUUCGUACCUCCAUUAACCAGCACCUGUCCAGAUCUAAGGAGUUCAGCUGGAUCCGCCACACCAUCAUCACCGUGGGCCUGCUGGGCAGCACCAACGCCUUGGUCAUCUUUGUCCCCACCAUCAGGGACAUAUUUGGCUUCAUCGGCGCCUCUGCUGCUGCCAUGCUCAUCUUCAUCCUGCCCUCAGCUUUCUACAUCAAACUGGUCAAGAAGGAGUCCAUGAAGUCUGUGCAAAAGAUCGGGGCCACUGCCUUCCUCCUGUGUGGCCUCCUGGUCAUGAUCGGCAGCAUGAGCCUCAUCAUCUUAGACUGGAUCCACAAUGCUUCAGCCAGCCCAGACACACAAGCUAAUGGACACUAAAGCUCCACCUCUCCUGCUGCAGCCUGUCACAGUAGAAAGGACAGCUUCCAGCGCUGGACUGCUAUGACCACGCAACCAACGAAAAUAAAAUCUUAUUGUAAAAGAAGAAAAACACAAGAACUCACUUGAUACUCGGCUUUGACUUUCUGAGCAACAGACCAUUGCCAUUCCAAGAGAAUGUAUCCUUUGUACAGUAAGCUGUUAUAGGCCACAAAGAUGGUGUUUUUUUCUCGUUUUAUGUAGCAUUUUUCAUCAUUGUUGUUUUUGCUCGUUUUUACUCUGUAAUUUUUUUUUGUAGUUAUUGGUACAGCUGAAAACAAAUAUUUGAAGGUGCCUCAUAACAGAGAUGACAUAGUCUUAGAUUUCAAAAUGCAGCUUACACUCAGGUACGGUGUUCUGUGUGUGCGAGUGUGGCUGUGACCUCAGAGCUCAGCAAGUCUCGCUGAGAAAAGUUUGUGAAUCUCCCGAAGAGUGACAAGAGGCAACACACUUAAAUCCUUUUUUCCGUUUAUCCUCCUCAAGGACAAUUAAGUUCCUUCCAACAUGUUUUUUUUUUUUCCUUUUUUACUUUGCCAAAAAUGUAUUUGUAAAGCAUCUUUAUAUAAUGUAAGCACUUACUGUUUAGCACACUUGCAAAAUUUUCACAGACGAGGCCUACUACGGCCUCGUCUAAACGAUUUCUGUUUAGUAUUCAUACCAAGGCUCUGUGACCUUGCUUAUAGUGUCAGCUUUCCUUGUAAAACAUAGUAUAAAUCAACAGAACCUGCCUUUUCAAGCCCAACACUGGGAGCUGCAGAGUAUCUCACAAGAGGACUCUUCUGAAACUGUAUUUACUUACUCUUUAAAACCUACUGAAGAUCUUGUUGGAAUAGCGUGUGCAGCGACGACACUACUGCUCCGAGAUCUGGAGGCCGCCGAGCCUUCAGUUCCACUUCCCCACUCAGGGGCGGGGGAAACUGAAAAUUUUUUCUUUAUGGAAGAAUACUUUGAAUUUGACCACAUCCAGUGGUUGUAAUAUACCUGUUAAACUUGCAAAAAGAAACCCUAAAAACUAGAAGUUAGGUGUGCUCUUUAACACCGACAACCAGUCAUGUCAACAAAGAAAGAUCUGUCACAAUAUUUUGAGUGUUUUUAGGUAUGGUUGCACAGUUUUCUGCUUUCAAAAAGUUUCACAGCGAAGAACUUGAAAGCUUGAUGGGAACUUGCUUCCGGUCAAGUUAUGAGUCUGUCAUCUCACGGUGCACUGUGCUUCCAACACUAACUUAACACAUCACCAAACUCUUAUUGUCUAACAUCUAUUUAUGGAAACCGUGAAAUCAAUGUAAUUUAAUCUAUUUUACUAUAUUUAUAUAAUAUUGUAUG